AUGGGUCGCCAAGCCGAUGCUGCGUCAUCGUCGCACUCACUCCAUUCUCUUGAGGACGCUCCACCUCCAUACACCGAUGAGCCCGAACCCAUUCUCGCCCCUUUUCAGCCUGUCCAACCUGUCCAACCUGUCCAACCUCCCACAAGCAUCCGACCCUUGCGUCUAAUCGACUCAGCCUAUGUUCUCUCUGGCGGCAAUGUCAAACCCCACGACAAGGUCUCUCUCACCCUCGAACCAUCGCUCUCGAGCGAUAGCGACGAGCUCUACAAUGUCAUCCGAAACAACAACAGCAGCAACACCGUCACAGACUUCCAGUUCAGACUGGAUCUGGCCGAGACAAUGCUGACCGGCUGGGAAGGUGGAUACAUGGACGUGAACUGGAGAGAAAUCGAAAUUCUCACAGAUGACGACCUCAAACCGGCGUAUCGGGGAGGAAUCCUCCGCUCGCGCACGUACAAGCCGCCCAAGUCGCGUGCUGCUAUCAGUCUCGGGGAAGACAGCGAUGCCCUCCUAGCCCGGGAUAACGCUGAUAACAGCCCUGCAGAGGUGAAAGCCCUCAAGAUGUGGUGCGAGCGGUUCUGCCACGACCCCGCUUCUGUGAAAUCAUUCACUGUGCAUCGCGAAAUCUCCGGCUUCGACUCCAACGCUAUGCGUAACGUCCUCACCUCCCACAUCCGCGAACUUAACUACCGCGGCUCCAUAAACUUCAGCCUCUCUACCGCCCAUCGCUCUGUCACAAUCUACUCACCGCACUGGAUCAACCGGCUCCGCACGAACCGCUUCGUUUGGUGGGUGGUCGUCAUCCUCCAGCUCUGGAUUAUCACGUGGCCGGUUAUCUUCUUCAUGGAGAAGAGAUACGAGGUCGUCCAUACGCGCUGGAACGCGUCGCUUAUACCGGAGUCGGACUCUCCCCUGGCUAAGUGCUACGCGUUUGGUCGUGAUGAGUCUUCUCUGGCAGAGUACUGGGCUCCGGCUGUUAAGCAGGCGGCGUGGACGCGGCGGCAUGGCGAAGGUAAUCUUUUGACGAGGAUGGACGCGGAUCGCUUGCAGGGCUAUAGUACACAGCAGCUGCUUGGUCUUCGUGCUGCUAGUUCGGAUACUGAGCUAGACCGCCGACAGCGGGUUAAUAGUGGUGAAGCUGGAUUUGUUGAUAAUAUUGUAGGUCUGGUGAGAGGGAUUGGAGAGGUUGGGCAGGAUUGGAGGCUUUCCGCUGGAUGGGGUGCUAACUGUUAA